AACAUAGAAAACACAUUUAAAUAGACACAUUCAGAGAACCUAGGCAUUGAGAACAUGGAUAACAUGCUUGUCUCUAGCUGGUUUCAUCUUCAUUCAACUGUGCCUUUAUCGUAUGUGCAACCGCCGGAAAGUAGACCCGGCACGGCGUCCGUGAUUUCCGGCAAGUCAAUCCCGGUGGUGGAUCUUGGGAGUCAUGACCAUGCUGAAACAUUACUGCAGGUUUUGAGAGCUUCUGAGGAGUAUGGAUUUUUCCAGGUUGUUAACCAUGGAGUUUCUAAGGAGUUGAUGGAUGAUACAAUGAACAUUUUCAAGGAAUUUCAUGGCAUGCCUGAAUUAGAAAAGAUAAGUGAAAGUUCAAAGGACCCUAAUGGAAGUUGUAGACUCUAUACAAGUCGUGAGAUUAAUAAUAAAGAUUUUGUUCAGUAUUGGAGGGACACAUUAAGGCAUAUUUGUCCACCUUCAGGUGAAUUCAUGGAGUUUUGGCCACAAAAGCCUUCAAGAUACCGUGAAAUAGUUGCAAAAUAUACACAAGAAAUGAGAGCACUGGGGCUUAAAAUAUUGGAGUUGAUAUGUGAAGGGUUAGGACUUGACCCCAAAUAUUGUUCUGGUGGACUUAGUGAAAGUCCAUUAUUGUUAGGGCAUCACUAUCCACCUUGUCCACAGCCAAGUUUAACUUUGGGAACACCCAAGCACAGGGAUCCUAACCUUGUUACCAUUCUGUUUCAAGAAAAUGAUAUAAAUGCUCUUCAAGUAUUCAAAGAUGGGGAAUGGAUUGUUGUUGAGCCAAUUCCAUAUGCUUUUGUGGUUAACAUUGGGCUUCUUUUGCAGAUCAUUAGUAAUGGAAGGCUGAUAGGAGCAGAGCACCGUGUUGUGACAAAUUCAGGCACUGCAAGAACCACUGUUGCCUACUUCAUCCGUCCAACAAAAGAAAGUAUUAUAGAACCAGCAAAACCUUUGACAUGUUCUGGUGCUCCUCCCAUAUACAAGCCUAUAGCAUUUGAUGAUUUUUUGAGAAUAUUCAUGACAAAAGGCCCUGAUAUUGAAACAUUCCUCUAGUUUGUGUUUGAUUUGCUAAAAAUAAGAAACUGCACAAGACAACUCUUAUUGUACUUUGAUUUAAAAUUGAUUAUCAAGUUAGAGAAAACAAAGGCAAAAGAUCGAGUUCUCGUGAGUUUAGCUCAAUUGGUAUUAAUUAAGUCACGUGACAACGUUUUGUCUCAAGUAUAUGAUAUUUAUAAUACUCAAAUAUCUUUUUUA